UUGAGAACAUGGUGGUGUAUCAGCAGCCAGUCAAGACAGCAGGAUAACAACACAGCAGAGAUCACUAUUUACAAGAACUGGGCUUUUUAAAAAGGCAGCAGAUGCAUGCAACGAUAACUUCCGAGUCUUCUGGCACACCACGAGAGAGAGAAGCAGACCCGGAUUGUACCACUGUGACUUGUUUUGGGGGGUUAAACAAAAAAAACCUGAGCUUUACUGGAAUCGUACUGCCUUCUAGCUAGCUGGCUAACAUGCAGCUUUAGUGUUUGGAUUUGCAGGAAAACGGGACAUAUCGAGCUGGAAUUUGCAUGGACGCCCACUAUCUCGACCACUUCAACAUCCAUCUGUCCGCAUGCAGCUAGAGUCAUGCCGGCGUCUCGUCUUGCAGACGUAGCUGGUUAGCUUAGCUACCCUCCGAGGGGGACCGACUCCUUGACGCGUAUGAGAGCCGAACCCACGGCGCUUUCGGUCGGCCUGAGGACCAACGCGAUGCCGCGGGUUGAACGCGGCCCUUCCGUAGAACUAACCUCAGGAAGCUAACGCUAGCUGGAUAUAUAGCAGGCCCGCUUUCAGAUGGUCGUUCUCACCCACUUAAAUCAGCUAAUUAGGCAAGUCACAAGAUAGAUACGUGCGACAUUAAAGCUUAACUUGUAUGGGAUUAUUCAGCCAACCACAGCUGGUCAAAGCCACACAUGUAAACAAGUCUAAGCGUUUGUUUAGUCCUAUAUCAUUCGCAAAGGUGUCAAUCCAUAUCAAUCAAGAUAAUGCUGCGAGAGUUGCACUUGCAUUGAACUUUACCAGCCUACAGUUGGCUUUACUCGGACACUGAAAUGCAUGGGAGUUGUUGACCCUCCUGCAGCAUAGCGAGACAUAUCAGCCAUUCAUUCAUGAUUGAUGACCUUUGAGGGAGCAGACUGAGCCACUUGCAUCAAGCCACCAGCAGUCUUUUCUUAUUGUAUUUAUUUUGAACCACUAAUGGGAUACUGAGGAGAUUUGAGAGUUCGUUUUGGCAGCAUUUUAUUCUUUUAAAUCCUGCUGACUCGCCUAACUGGAACCACUGGUGGUGGUUUUGGAUGGGAACAUGAGGAGCACUCAUCUGUCCCAGUAGCUUGAAGAUCUGAUCAAAGCACAACAGAGAGCUCCAUUGUGUGGACUGCAAACUGAAGAGGAAAGAGGUGAUGAUGAUGAUGAUGAUGAUAAAGGAGGCCCAGUGACAGUGUCGAUCUGCAGAGGAGUGUCUCACAGGCUGCAGACAUGAGUCUCCGCCAACCCACCUCUACACUCGACAGCCCUUUUGCUGCUUGGCUCAGCAGUCUGACCAUCGGGGACUCGGAGCGCAAAUCCUCUGCCACCCAGCAGAGGGAGCCAAUGGUGGACAUCCACGCUGAGAGUACGGGUACCGGUCUUGUCCAGAGAUGUGUGGUCGUGCAGAAGGACCAGCUCGGCUUCGGCUUCACCGUAUGUGGAGAGAGAGUCAAGCUGGUGCAGAAUGUCCGACCAGGUGGAGCAGCAGUCAAGGCCGGGGUGCAGGAAGGGGACCGAAUCAUAAAGGUGAACGGCUCGCUGGUGUCCUCCAUGUCCCACCAGGAGGUUGUAAAGCUCAUCAAAUCGGGUCCGUACGCUGCUCUGACACUACAAGGACCGCCCCCUUUCGCCUCCUCCUUGCCCCUAGAGCCCCUCCCCACUGACCUCACACCCAAUCAGAGGACGUCUCUGGGUGGGGAGGCUCCGCCCCCUCCACCUCCACCGCUGCCGUCUGGACUGAGCAGCACCCCUUCCCAAAGAAUCACUGGACCCAAACCACUGCAGGACCCAGAAGUACAGAAACAUGCCACUCAGAUACUCAGGAAAAUGCUGGAGCAGGAAGAAGCUGAACUGCAGGGGUUGAUGGAGGAGCAGUUGAGGAACCCGUCGCCGUCGCUGGGUGAGCGGAUUGAAAGUGCCAAGAGGAGAGCUCACCAAGUCCGCUUCAAGAUUCAGCAAGAUCAGGAGGGAACGCGAUCAGAAUGUACCACAAGCUACGUCCAAGCAGGAGAAGGUCGGCUAUCGAUGGACUCAAGCGAAGGAGACAUGGAGGCCCUUGAGAGUCCCCACUCCUCUCCCUCAUUCUCCUUCAGGACCCCACACCACCGACGGCAGAACUCCGACACACACACCCUGUCUGAUUCGGGCGGAAAGGCUCAGAUCAUCGGCCCGGAGGAAGAAGAUGACGGCUAUGCAUUCAACGAGAUGGACGGUCCGUUCCAGGACAUCGAGUUGCUGAAGUCCCGCCCGGCACACAUGGCGGUGUUCAUGAGAUACGUCUUCACCCAGCUUCUGGACCCCAACCCUCUGCUGUUCUACCUGUCGGUGGAGGCCUACCUGAGCUCCAGCCCUAAAGACGCCCGCGCACUUGCACCUCAGAUCUGCUCCCAUUUCCUGGACCCGGACGCACCUCUGAAAAUCAAAGUACGAGAGGAGUAUCUCUCAGAUAUAGAGGGUCGCCUUCAUGCCCAGGAGGACAUCAGAGGACCUCUGUCUGAGCUGCAGCAGCAGGUGCUGCCGGACAUCCAAGACCAGAUCCAGGACUACAGGAACAAGCAGAUGAUGGGUCUCGGCUCUUUGUUCGGAGAAGAAGACCUGCUGCCGCUGGAUGGAGACCCGGUGAAAGAGAGACAGGUGGUGGACAAACAGGUCACCAUCCUCUGGGAAAUACUAUCGAAGCAUGAAGAGGACAGGAGCUCACCUCUGGCGUCGGCCGUGCACCUGUACCUGCGUCAUUCGGGUAUCAAGCUCAGAGACUCCAAGGUCUUCCCUGGUCUGAGCACAGAGAAGGAGAAGUGGCUCGCCUUCUUAAAGACGAAAAAGCUGAGUGGCACCAAGAAAGAGAAAGAUGGAGAGGAUAAAAAGAGAAAUCCCAUCCUGAAGUACAUCGGCAAACCCCGGUCCACUUCCCAGUCCACAUUCCAUGUCCCGUUGUCUCCCACCGAAGCAGUGCCCGUGUCUGCAGUCCGUCCUGGCAGUGUGAGAAACAUCAUUCAGCAGUUUGAGAAUCACACGGAGACGGGGGAGGAGGAGGAGGGAGGAGACGCUGCCGACCCGCAGAGGCUCUCCUCCAGCAGCCUGGGGGAGGACAGCAUGGACAGCCCUACGGUCUCAGUGCGUCUGGCACGCAGCGAGUCGUUGAAGGCUCAGGGAGAAGGCCGGCGGCGGGGCGUUGUCUCUGGGACAGAGUCCGUCCCUCGCUCUCGUAGCGACGUGGACAUGGAGGACUGCGGGGAGGAGCGGGAGGGGCCGGGCCUCAGGCUGCUGCAGCACAGCACCUCGUCGUCCGCAUCCAGCAGCUCCGCACGGUCUCUAGAGAACCCUACACCCCCAUACACCCCUCGGUCUAGGCGCAGGAGUGUGGACUCGCCGCUGGCCCUGCUGCCGGACGCUGCGGCGCUGGAGGAGGAGGUGUCCGACGGUCAGAACUGGCAGGACACGGUUCCUCCUCAGCUGCUCGCCACGCUCAGUCCGAGGGAGGUGGAGAGACAGGCCGUCAUAUACGAGCUCUUCACCACCGAAGCGUCCCACCUGCGGACCUUAAGGGUCCUGGACCAGGUCUUCUUCCAGAAGAUGAGGUCUGUGCUGAACUCCGAUGAGCUGGCCUGCAUCUUCCCCAACCUGCCCCAAGUCUAUGAACUCCACGCAAGUCUGUGCGAGGAGAUGAAGAAGCGACGGGAAACUCCCAUCGUUCAGGACAUCGGGGACGUUAUGCUGGCCAGGUUUGAGGACGCAGCCGGAGACGAGUUUCAGGAGCAAGCGUCGCAGCUGUGCAGCCAGCAGUCUCAGGCUCAGGAGCUCAUCAAGAACAAACAGCGCAAAGACCCUCGCUUCGCUCACAUUAUCCAGGAGUGUGAAGCGAGUCCUCACUGUCGAAGGCUGCAGCUCAAAGACCUGCUGGUGUCCGAGAUGCAGAGACUCACCAAGUACCCGCUGCUGCUGGACAACAUCAUGAAACACACGGAGGCCGGUUCGUCGGACCUCCCCUCGCUUCAGCACGCCCAGGCGUGUUGCAGAGGGAUACUGCAGGCCGUAAACGAGGUUGUGAGGGAAACAGAGCACCGGCAACGCCUCAGCCAAUACCAACGCAGGCUGGACGCUGCCCCUCUAUUCAAGAGUCUAGACCUCAGCACUAAGAGAAUGAUCCACGAAGGUCCUCUCACGUGGAAAGUCAGCAAAGACAAGCAGAUAGAGAUCCAAGCGCUGCUGCUGUCCGACUGCCUGGUCCUCCUCCAGAGGGGCCCGGACGACCGGCUGCAGCUGAGGUAUCCAUCCCGCUGGCUGGGUGGAGGCGGAGGAGGCAGCGGGGACAGCAAGACCUCCUUCAGUCCUCUGGUGAAGCUGUACUCUCUGCUGGUCCGCUCCGUAGCUACAGACAACAAAGCCCUCUACGUCAUCAGCACCACGGAGAGGCAGAUCUAUGAGCUGGUGGCCGGGACAUCAUCAGAGAAAAACACCUGGAAGGAUUUACUUGAAAAGACCAUCUCCUCGGCUGGCGGUUCAUCCCCUCUGAUCAAUCACGCUUCCACACCUAUAUCCUCCCCGAGUCUCCGCAGUGCGUCCCCAGUGUCAACUGGCAGCAAUGUCUAUACAGAUAACUCCAUAACGGAGCAGUCAGACUCCAUGGAGACGCAUUCCUCCAGCGACGACAUCGUGCUCUCGGCAAACGCAGCUACGGACCAAUCGGGAGAUUUCAUCUGUGGCGAAGGGAAAGCAGUCGGCGUGGCGGAGUCCGCUUUACAAGACGUUGAAACACUCAGGCAGCUCAUAUUACGAGAUUUGGAAGAGGACGGUUGGAGCCACGAUUCAGAUGACACGCCCACCAACGAGACGGCCAAUGAAAGGAGCUCGUACGCCGAAAGACGGCGGCCGGAGUCUCUGGAGACUGUCCUCAACUUUAGCACCAGCGAAUGGGAGGCCGAGCCUGAACUAGAGGCUCCGCCCCCGGACGCAGAGCAAUCCGGCAGCGUUCAGGUCAUACGGAAAGCUGUGGUUGCGGGUCCUUCUUCUUCUUCUUCUGUCCCUGAUGACAUCACUGCUGAUGUCACCCUCCAAUCAUCCAAGCCGAGAGGCGAGGCCACUACGCAGGGGAACACUUUCUACCUGGUCCUGCCUACAGAGCAGGGAGAGAGCGUGACCGAUGACCUCAAAGACCCUCCCGCCCCCACCGCCAGCCACUUCCCCCGGCCUCUGGAGGAGGCGACGUCGCCACAGACGCGGCCGGAGGAGGAACCGCCGGCCUGCGCUCCAGAGCCCAGCCGAUUGGAGGCUGUGCAACCGGAAUGGGAAGAGGAAACGGGCCAAUCGCAGGCCGGGCACCAGAGCCACGUGAUCAAAAACGUGGAUGAGAUUUUCCACACGAUCGAGGGGUUGAUGAGCAAGUUGCGCCAGCUUAAGGAAAUCGAGAAGUCCCAUCAACAGCUUUUAACGACCCUUAGAGAGCCUUUUGUCAAUCAGGAGUCGGAGGAGCAGCAGUGUGGCUCUGCAACCGUCUCCAGGACACCAAGUCUGGAUCGUGGCUCAGGAGACGGCAAAGAGGGCAGUCCAGCAGAGCCCAAGAUUCAGUCGACGGGAUUCUGACGUCGCUGCAGAGAGGACGUGCUUGCGGUCGCUGGAUCUUGAUCGUUGGCAUUACGGAACGCACUCGUACGUACCCACCGUCAGACUCGGGGGGGCACCUCCGCCCUGCCUCCCCCUCACCCCCCCCCCCCCUCGUCCCUGCAUGCACUGGCCAGUGGAACAGAGCCCGGGAAGGACAAGUGGCUGUUUUCAGCAUCAACCUCUUGACUCUCCUACCAGAGCACGAGGGAGUCCAGGACGGACUGAGGAAAGAGUGUGAAGGAACAAAACAAAAUAAGGCAGAAGACAAGUUGACUGGUGACGAGAAAGGAAAAAGUUGGAAGAAUGGAAAGUGGGGGAAAAAACAUGACCCACGUUGGAUAUCUGUGAAGGAAAAGGAGUUGUGUAUGUCUUGCUUUUAAAGAGCUGGUUGAAAGAACGGAGCAGAAAAGUGUUGAAUCGUUAAUUUAAGGACAAAUCCGAGGGACCCAUCACCCCUGCACUUUACCCACAAUGCAUCCCUCUGUCAUGUACGUUCUCUACUGUGGACGGAUCAGGGACUGGAGAUGCCACUGACUUUAUUUGGGGGCUGAUGUUUAAGCCCCCCCCCCCCCCCCACCUCCACUGGUUGCUUUACACUGAGUUCACCUGCCACCACGGCCGAAGGACUGUGUCUAUAUAAUUCAGGUUAUUUGCACUGGGUAAGGAAAUCAAUAUCACACACACACACACACACACAUUUAACCAUUUCAUUCAUCUCAGACCUUCACAUCCCCACAUUGUGGUGGGAGAGUCUCUAGAGUCGUUGGGAGCAGUUGCAGCCACACUGACGCGUCCUCAAGUCCUCAUUUAAGUGACACGGAGUUCAUACUUAAGUUCUGGAAACACUACUGCGCUGUUUACUACUGAAAUGCUGCUUCAGAGGCGUAAAGGGAUCUCAGUGGAUUCACACGGCGCUUCUGAUCAUGUCAAGUUGUUCAGCUUUUUUUUGGGGGGGGAGAUUUAGGAUGCUUUGGGGGAAAAGCUCAGGGCAGGCUAUGUUGACGACAACUGUGAGGAAAGGAGACAAACACGCAGUCGAACUUUAGAAACUUGAAUAUUCGCUGAAAACCCCGUUUGUAACUCAGCUAAUGAUUGGACUGUGCACCCUCCAAACCUCUCUCCAGUGUAUUGUGUGUGUACGUACCGCGGUACAUACUGUGAACCAGCAACUUCUCCCUCCUCCCAGUGUCGGAAAGACCCUCUGCACAGAACAACUUGAGAAAAUCAAAAGCUUAAUAAAAUAACUUGUUGUAAACCCAUACACAUGCUGCUGUACAUGCAACUGUUCGAUGAAGCAAAAAUGUAUCUAAUUGAAUAGUUUGACAAUUUGGGAAAUACACUUAUUUGCAAAGAUCAAUACCACUUAUGUACAGUAAAAAUGAAGCUAGAAGCUGCUUAGCUUAGCUUAGUGACUGGAAACAGGGGAAAUAACUAGCCCGGCUCUGUCCAACUGUAUCAACAUCUACAUACCAGCGUCUCUGAAGCUCAUGUUAACAUGUUCUAUCUCAUUAGCUCCUGGAGUCUCUGUAUGUUUCUCCGCCUGAACGUAAUUAGUGAACUUAAGAGGUGCUCGUCGGUGGAUUUUAGAACCUUAAAACGGGGCCACGCUCGCUGUUUUCCCGCCUUUGUUUCCAGUCUUUGCGCUAAGCUAACUGGCUGCUGCACGGUACUCAACACGCAGACACAAGAGUGGUAUUGAUCUCAUCCAACAGCAACAAAAUGUCUAACUAUUUUUGGAUCAUAUGUAGGAGAGAUUUAACGUCCUUGACGUUCAGAGAGGUUUUUGAACGCCUUGGUUGAGGCUCGUGUAACCAGCAAAGACUGACACUAAAGCCAAGUGCUUUUUUUUCGGCAUUUAUCUUGGACUAAUUCUACCAAAACACUAGACAGACAAUACACAUUAUCUUAUCAAGCUGGGAGGAAACCCGCUGGACUGGAUUUUAUUUGAGCUGGUUUCAAAUACUAACUGACGAGCGCUUUAGUGAGUUUACCCGGACGAACCUGACAAAACACUACCGACCUGAACAAACCAGACGCCAAGUACAUUUACACACCACCAGCCAGACGACACUAUUCAUGGGAUAUUUCACUACCUGGUGGAAGGUUUUCACUCUUUAGCCAACGAACACCGACGGAGAUGAAACCUGGCUUUCACAUAUGAACAAAGAGAAAAAGAGUUGAAACUUAAAAUGAGUGCUACUGAUCGGCUCAUUUUGAGGCCGCUGGCCCCGUGUGAACUUGAGGAAUUUCUGCUAAAAUGUUUAAAUAUUCUACCAAAGUGAAAUAUGUCUUCAGAGGUGUUUGAAGGGAACAGUUUGUUUUUUGUCUCUCGAUAUUUUUGGCUGCGGAUUUUCAAGCAUCUCAGACCAGAUGUGUUUGUCCACGACAUGAGAAGAGAAAGCAACAUAUUUCCUUUUUUGUUUUACCACACUUCC